UUUAGAAUCCUGCCUACUUUUGUUGUUCUCGGCAUUCUAUCCACGCCCGCUGCUAGUCUUAACAUUCUAUCCACGCCUACUGUAAAUAUUUUGUAAGCUCUCAUCGUUCUCAGUCCUCCCACAUGCUUUCACUCCGCCCAGUGACAUUUUUUUCCUGUUUCUGUGCCGAUCAGCUGCUGUUCCUGUUGUGUAAUGCCUGGACUUCAGGAACCAAAUCCUGUGAUGGCCGAGGAGCUGGAGGAACAAUCACAGAGUUGGAUAAGUGGCUGGAUUCCGUCGUGGUGCCCAACCUCCAUGUCUAAACUAAAAGCUGUUGAGUCAAAGAUCCUUCAGUGCAUUCAGAACAAAUUUUCUGCUCGCUAUGUGUCUCUGCAAGAUCAAAACAAGAUAUGGACACUAACGGUUAAUCCAGAGGUUCGUGACAAGACUCCCCUUGUGAUGCUCCAUGGUUUUGGAGGAGGAGUUGGCCUCUGGAUUCAGAACAUAGACCCUCUAAGUAGUCGACGGACUCUCCAUGCCUUCGACUUGUUAGGGUUUGGUCGCAGCUCACGGCCAAUUUUCCCAAGUGAUCCCGAAGGAGCAGAGGAACAGUUUGUAUCAUCCAUUGAACAGUGGAGAGAGGAGAUGGGAAUAGGAGAUAUGAUCCUCUUGGGACACAGUCUUGGAGGCUUUCUGGCUGCCUCUUACACGAUCAAAUAUCCCCAGAGGGUAAAACACCUCAUUCUAGUCGAUCCAUGGGGAUUCCCAGUUCUGCCAACAGACCCCAGUGAAGUACGUUCCCCUCCAACAUGGGUUAAAGCUGUGGCUGCAGUACUGGGACGAUCCAAUCCCUUGGCAGUUGUAAGAGCAGCUGGACCCUGGGGCCCUAGAUUGGUGCAGAGAUUUCGUCCAGACCUGAAAAGGAAGUUUGAGGAUUUCUUUGACGACGAUACUAUCAUGGAAUAUAUCUAUCACUGUAAUGCACAGACACCUAGCGGUGAGAGUGCCUUUAAGACCAUGAUGGAGAAAUUUGGUUGGGCUAAACGCCCAAUGUUGUCCCGUAUUCAGUUGAUCCCAAAAGACCUACCUAUCACCUUUAUCUAUGGAGCAGAGACUUGGAUUGACAGAACUACAGGAGAGCGAGUGAAAGAGGAGAGGCCAAACUCGUAUGUGGAAACACUGGCAAUCAAAGGAGCUUCUCACCACGUGUAUGCAGAUCAACCUAGCACCUUCAAUCAAAUGGUCGAAGAGAUCUGUGAAGCUGUAGACUGAAAGCAUGUGCAAGGAUUAAAAAAAACAGUACUUGUAUGGUGUAGCACAAGAACUGAUUCUUUACCUUUUUUUUUUUUUUUUUUACGUUGAAAGAAUAGACUGACUCGUACAUCAGCUUUGUUCUUCUAACUGGUGGGCUGAUAUUGCGCAUAGUACAUAAGUGCUAGCUGCCAAUUUGUUCACUUGCAAUUACAUAGAAUGUAGUGCUAUUGCAAAGCCAAGUUUCUUCCAUUUCUUUCUUCCUUUCUAAACAAUACCCUGUCUUUACAUUUCUUGGAAUGAGCAGAUGCAAAAGCAUAAUGAUUGUCCCAAUUACUGAAAUGUGCUGGACUUUAAGAAAAGUACGAUGCUCCGGAUCAGUUUUAUUAUCUUUCUACAGUUGAAUUGGUAGGUGGGAUUAUUUAUGGUGCUGGAUGUUUGCCCUACUAGGCAUGUAUCUUAGAGCCAUUUAAUUGAAAGUUAUCCAAUUUGGUUGCUCAAUCCUUACAUUCAAUGCUUGUUCCAAGAUCUGCCCAUUGGAAAAAAAAAUGUGUCUGAUGUCCAAAAAUAUAAAAGCACAUGAGCAGCCUAAAUUUGCUCCUACCAGUAAGAAGCACAUGGACUAUUUGAUGUCCACUUCCAUGUCUUCAAUGUGAGAAAGUCUAUCCUUAGUACAUGUGAGACUUGGCAUGCAUGUUGUUAGAACUACCUCCUAGCUAUAACUUAUGAUUUGCCAUUUGUACUGAAAUUAACAUUGAUAUUUCACUAUGUAGUGAUUUGUAAUGUGUAAUCUUUGUAUUGGUUUGUUUGAUUAAUGUUUGGUUCGUUAACGUCUUUGUUUCAUUUGACAAAAAUGUUUGUAACUAUUUGAGACCAUUGUUUUGCUGUAGUGACAUACGGUGGCUAUUUUUUUGAAUUACACACAGAACAAAACAUAAAAGGCAAAUCAUGAUAAAAUACUAAGAUCGAUAAGAAAUCUAUAAUUAUAUUGCUUCUGUUAUGUACACAAAAAUACAUAUAUUGAUGUUCUGCUGGUCAUAUAAUUGAUGCUCACUGCCUAAAAGCUGAAAAAUCUCUUUGAACUCAGGAAAAAAAAACCAAAAAACUAUGGUGCUUACAUUAUGACCUGUCCUCCCAUUUGAGCAGACAGGAGAGAAUUCAACAUUUUCUAUGUAUAAUUCCUAAUUUCCUUGAUUAUGCAGUAACUAUAUAUAGUAUAGUUUGUUUCCCUUUUAUAUCUUAAGGUAACUUAGUUUUUAAAAGGAAUCUGUAAUAUUUCUGUUUUGUCCCUUACAAUGUAUAAUAGUAUCAUGACCAUGCUUGCCAAUAUUUGGUGGGGUCAAUGGCAUGAUAUCUCCUUUACCCUCUUCCAGUGGGAUCAGGAAUUUAGCUGCUCUAGGCAAAAUUAGGUAGUCCUUAAGUAAAAGAAGGCAGGACAGUUUGCCCCCAAUGUGAGAGAGUGUGACAAACCGUAGUCGGUGAAUUUUCAGCAUGUGAACACAAUUUACCCGGUCUAUAAAUGUAAGCUUUUUUUCCAGAAGGACAAAAAGCGGCUGUUAUACUGUGAGCAUUGGUUGUAAAUCCAUCUUUACUAUAUAUGGCCAUAAAGCCCAUUUUAAUAAAAAAAAAAAAAAAUGUGCCUAGCAGACGUGCUGCUAUAAAAGUGUUUGUUUUUGAAAAUGUAUUUUGUAUGCAUUUUUCUGCCAGUUAUGCCACAAAUAAGUACCAAAUUAACGUAUUAACCUGCUUAUUAUCGUUUGCUCAUUUGAGCAAAUAAGCAAUUUUGUAGCAUUAAAUGAACAGUAGCAAAUGGCAAAUAUGGUUGAUACACUUAUUUAAAUGUAUUUUUAUUUGCUAAACCUAGGCCUUAAUUUUCAGUGGCCUCAUUUUUAACAGAAACAUUUUUUACAGUGGAGGUCUGUGGUAGGGAAUUGGUGUUGCUACCUCCUAAUCAUGAAAACACACUUGUAGCAGACUCAUAUUUUCAGCACCAUUAACCUGAACUGGCUGAGGACCUAAUAUUUGGGUUCAUUCACUAAACCAGAAAUUGUAAAAAAGGGAAUUUUAAAUAUUAGGCCAGACUAUUUGAAUUGGAAACAUUUUUCAGUUGUGUAAAAUGCCUUGUGAUUCCCCAUAUAUUUCUGGUUUUAGUAAAUAACUAAAAUAAUGCAAAAUGUUCUUGAAGUGCCUUGUAUAACUAAACCUCUUUCAUAACACAUGUGCCAAAUAGCUUUGUAUUUCCUUAUCUUUGCCAGCUGACUAGAACAUGAUACAUGUUUAAGUGGUGAUGAGAUGAUUCAAGAUUUCACUGACCAUAUUAGUUAGCUGCCUAAUCACAAAAGAAGAAAAAAAAGUCACCUAGGCACAGUUCUACAUUUUUUUUUUUAUAGUUCCCAUAGCAUUAUCUAAAUUCUAUUAUAUUUAAAGGAACACUAUAGGCACCCAGACCACUUCAGCUCAUUGCAGUGGUCUGGGUGCAACAUCCCAGGCCCCUUAACUCUGCAAUUGUACUUUUUGCAGGUUUUGAUAAACUGCAAUAAUUACCUUGGAGUGGCUGUGUGUACCAGACAACCACUAGAUGGACUUCUGGGUGGUUAGGCAACUUUUGGUCUCCUAACUGAUGCUGGACAUCCUCACAUUCUGCAUGAGGACAUCCAGCAUUACCCAAAGCCCCCACAGGAAAGCAUUAUACGAUGCUUUCCUAUGGGGAAAGUCCUAAUGUGAGAGCAGCGCUUGCCACACAUGCACAUUAGGUCUCCCCUGCCAUCUUAAAAAGAG